CCGCAGAGGAAGCAAAUGGACCAUGCUUGCAAGGAAUUCCGGUGCAAAUCCACCGAGUUCUGCAUAUCAGCCGAUUUGAUGUGCGAUGGCAUCAAUCACUGCGGCGAUGGAACAGAUGAAGCUCCACACUCACCAUGCCCAAAUGUGGAGGCAAAAACGAUUUUUGGCCUGGAAAUGACUUGGCUGGUGCUGUUGGCGGUGAGUGCGUUUUUACUGUUGAGCGGCUGCUUCGUUGGCAUUGCUAUUUGGUUCUGUCGGCUACGCACAUCCACCUCGGAUAAUAACAAUUUACAAUUAAACAAUCACCAUUGCAACACAAAUGGAUCAAGUAAAACGACGACAAUAAAUCGAACGACUAGUGAUACAAUGACGUAUUCGGGAAACAUGCAACACCCUGCGAGAUUGGCAGCGUUUUCACUGCAAAUCAUCAUUUACGUUUCGAUAAAAAUGCUGAUGGUGACAAUCCGUCCGUUGACUAUUUGGCGUAUGAUACUCAACUAAAUGCAAUGCGACAAUUGCCCGAUCUAUCGCUGGGCCUCGUAGAUGACGAUUCGAUGACGGUAGCUGCACAAAAAGAAGAAUGGUUCGUUUAGACAAACACAGAAUGAAAAACAGAACAUUCGAACGUACUUUUCUCUCCGGGAAUAGUUCGUAGAUGGAAAUCGGCAAAGCAUUUAGUUAGGGGCUGCAAAAUUAUUCGUGUCAUCGACAAUGUUGGCAAUGCAUGUUAUUUUUAUUGAAACUACUUUUCUCGCAGGGUGUUAUCGAUAAAUACGAAACGCUCAAAAUUUACCUAAAAAAAAGACACAAUUUAAGAAAACAAUCUAUAAAUAUCAUUCAUUUAUAUAUAAAUUAGUCAAUUUACAAUACGAAUGGACGGAGCCGACGUUGUUAUUGAGCGGCUGCUGAGAUCAAACUUCAAUUCGAAAUCAUCGGCCAAUCAAUACGUUGUCGCUCUUUUCCUAGCAAAAGCAACAAUAAUACAAUUAAUCGAAGAAAAAAAAGAUAUUUAGAAAAUUUGUAGUUUAAUUUUUUUGAAAAAAAAAAACAAACGAAACAAACACUGGAACUCACGACUAUAAUUGAAUAUUUAAAUUUAAAUUGGUUAAGCUUUGAAUGAUUAUAUAUCAGUUUUAGAGAGCUAUUUGCUAGCAAAGGAAAUAAUGUCUUUUUCAAUCUUUACUAUAUUUGUAACAUGUCUGUUUUCUUGCUGCACCAAGAUAGGUCAGCACACCAAACACCUUUUAGAAAAUCUUUAAAUCCAUUGUUCAUGUACAAUUUUGCAUCGAAACUAUUUCGAACAUCACACAUCAAUCAUUAUUUUAACAGUCGAAAGAUCUCAUCUCGUUUUGUUAUAAACAAACUGAAAAAAACGGUUAUAAUCACACAAUAAAAAAAAUAUAUCUGCUUGUAUAUUGGUAGGCUGUUAAGCAAACACACGAACAACUCAUACUCAUUCUGAUGUGAGCAAAAUGAAGUGGAUAUUAUAAUAAAAUUAGAAUCAAUAAAAUAUCAAACUAUUCAAAAGACAA